CCACAAGGCGACUUAUUAUUAUAUAUAUGGUGGAGUGAUUAGGGGAGGAGACCAUGAGCUCUCGGUGCCUCGUCGCAAGCGGUGUUGAGGAGGUCGCUCGAAAGACCUCGGGCUACCAUCCCAGCGUUUGGGGUGACUACUUCAUUACGCGUGUCUCACCCUCUUCCGAAGCUCAGAACAAUCAUGCAUGGAUGAAGGAAAGAUCAAGAGAACUAAGGGAGCAAAUAAGGAGCAUGCUGCAGGACUACAGUGAUUUACUGCAGACCAUGCAAUUGAUCGAUGCCAUCCAACUUCUUGGAGUGGCCUAUCAUUUUGAGAAGGAGAUAAGCGAUGCAUUAAGCAAAGUCUAUGAUGCAGAUUUUAACACACAUGGCCUCUACGAGGCCUCUCUUCGAUUUCGAUUACUUAGACAACAUGGAUAUAACAUAUCUCCAGAUGUCUUUAACAAGUUUAAAGAUGAGGAAGGAAGUUUCAUGUCUGACUUGAAGGGUGAUGUGGAGGGACUAUUAAGCUUAUACAACGCAGCGUACCUUGGAACACAUGGAGAGACAAUACUUGACGAAGCCAUUUCUUUUACAAGAAGCAUACUUACCUCCAUGUUAAGCGAUCUCGAACCACCUUUACUGUCGAAAGUGUCUCUUUCCCUUGAGACACCUCUAUUUCGAAGAACCAAAAGGCUCUUGACAAGAAACUACAUCUCCAUCUACCAAGAGGAUGCAACACGAAAUGAUGUGUUAUUAGAGCUUGCCAAGCUAGAUUUCAAUCUAGUCCAAUCGCUUCACCGUGAGGAGCUUAAAAGCCUCUCCAUAUGGUGGAAGGAUUUGGCCCUCGCCGAGAGUCUAAGUUUUGUCCGAGACCGAUUGGUGGAAUGCUAUUACUGGAUGCUUGCAGUGUUCAGUGAACCUCACUAUUCUCGUGCACGAGUAAUGACUCUGAAAUUGGGAGCCCUGACUUCCAUCAUGGAUGAUAUUUAUGAUAACUAUAGCACACUAGAGGAGAGCCGACUCCUUACCGAUGCUAUCCAAAGGUGGGAAGCCCAGGCUGUUGAUCAGCUACCAGACUACAUGAAAGACUAUUAUCUCAAGCUGAUCAAUAACUUGGAAGAAAUGAAAGAUGAGCUAGCACCAGAGGAGAAGUAUCGCAUGCUAUAUCUAAAGGAAGAAAUUAAAACCUUGGCCAGAUUUUAUUUUGAGGAAUCCAAAUGGGGUGUGGAAGGAUACGUGCCAACAGUAGAAGAACAUCUGCGUAUAUCAAUGAUGACAAUUGCAUAUCCCCUGCUUGCUUGUGCCUCUUUCGUGGGCAUGGGAGAUGUGGCAACGAAGGAGGCAUUUGAAUGGGUUACGAGUUACCCUACGAUCCUCAAAGCUUCCUCGAUAAUUUUUCGUGUGGUGGAUGACAUAAAUUCACAUGAGCUGGAGCAAGAACGAGGACACACUGCUUCCACAGUAGAAUGCUACAUGAAACAGUACGACGCGGAUGCAAAUGAGGCAUGCAAGAAGCUGCAGGUGUUGGUCCAUGAUGCAUGGAAGGAUGUGAACAAAGAAUGUAUCAAUCCAACUGCAGUCCCCAUGCCUUUGCUCGAAAGAGUAGUUAACUUGUCACGCUCUACGGAAGACCUAUACAAGUAUAUUGACUCAUACACCCACUCCAACACUACCAUGAAAGACCGUAUCACUUUGUUGCUUGUCCAACCCGUUCCUGUUUGAUUGAAGUCGUACGUUCCUAUUACCGCUAUCCAUACUAGGAUUUGCCGCAGGAGUGAGUUACUACCCGAUGUCAUUAUGCUUAAGCACUUACAUGCGAAAUAAAGGUCUCUACAUCAGUAUCAUUUUAGAGGCUGAGUAGUUUUUAGCUUGAAAAGCUUAUGUAAGAUCUUGUAAACCAUAUUGAAGUGCAUGAAAAUUAGAAGAAUUUUUCCUUUCCUAAA